AUGCGCCUUUCGACAGCCUUCCUUCUUCUUGCUCUCGGAGCGGGCGCAAACGCCCAAGGAUGCGGGUGGUACCUCAACGGCAACGACUGCCUUUGCAUGAACAGCGCCACGGGUGCUGGCUGGACAGAGUGGACAAACUACUGCUGCAAUGCUAUGGGAAGGAAGGCCGGUGGCUUUGGCCCCGUCUGCAAUGUCGACCAGAGGAACAGGCAAACUUUCAAGGACUGUUGCAAGUUUCAGGACCGGGAGUCCUUGAUUGGUCAUUGCCGCUAA